AUGUCCUCUUCAUACUCAUCACCAUUGCCACCUUGUGUAACACCAGGUUGGAAUGAUCCUCCUGACUUAAGUAGAAGUGGAACUCGGCCCUCAUCAAAUCGUUUGAUGUCCAAACAUAGACGGCCUGUAGAUCCUUCGAUUCAAAGUUCUACCAUUGACUCAAAUUCAUUUAAUAAUUUGCAACAAACUACACAACAACAAAAUUAUCCCCAACAACAUCAAAAUUCAUUUGGAUCAAAUUACGCACCAAUACCCCAAAUAAGUCAACAAACUUAUUCUCCAAAUCAACAUACUUUUGGUAGUGAUCCUGCAAUACUUCAAACUUCUAAUAACGGCAUUUUCCAAGAAGGACAUACUUAUCAAGGACAACCAAAUAAUCAAAAUUUUGGAGCUCCAUUUUCUAAUUCACAUUCAUCGUCAUUUAGUGGUAGUAUUACUUCAGAACAUUUAACUAAUUCAGCUUUUCAGCCAUAUCAUACAUUUCAACAACAACAUCAGGAAAUGUCAUUAAAAAACAAAAAAGAUGAAAUAGGAUUACCCAAAAACGAUGAUAUGUUGACAAAUAUUCAAAGAAUAGAUAAUAUAAAAGGAAAUCCUAACGGAACUGAAAUGGUUGUUCAUUCUGGUGUAGGUGUAACAAACCCUGUAUUAUCACAACAAACCUCAUUUCCUGGUCAAAUUUCACAACAACCAUUAUAUAUGGGACACAAUGCAAUGCCUCAGAAUACUGAAGUACCUUUAGAGAAUCCCUCAAAUUAUCUUAUAUUUUCUCCACCACAUGUAGUAAUGUCUGAGGAGAGAAGACCAAUAACUCAACCAGAUCCAGCUACAUAUAUUCCACCAAAAAAAGCAGCCGGUGAUGUUUCUUUGUCAGGAUGUCAAUUGGUAGCAUUUCUAACAAAAGCAACAUUACGCCUUCCACCAGGUGAAACUUGUAAAGGAAUUCAAUUAAGAAUAGAAAAUUUUAACCAAAUGAUUCAAACUAACAGUAUUAGUGAAGCAUGCCUUAAAAAAUUAAACUUUGUUGUUGAUGCAAUAGAUAGGGACAUGUUGGAAGAUGCAAAUAUUUUCUUUGACCAAUUAAUAUUGUCUUAUGGAAAUGAAACCGGACAGUGGGGUCAUGGGGUCAAAUUAUUGAUAAAUGAAUUAAAAAGGGUAAGGAAUUAUGGAAGAUUAGGAAACGAAUCGUAG